AUGGCGUUUUAUGACGACGGUAGAGAAGAGAAUAUAAGAGGUUGUUACGAGGAGGAAACAUGGGAAGACAUUUCAAUUAAUGAACAAGAUGAAGAAGAAGACGACGAGGAUGCACUGUUCAAGAGUUUGGAUGAAGAUGAAGUAGAAGAUGAGCAUGAAACAAUUAUUGACACGUUAUUCUCAAUCGAGUCCAUGGACGUCCCACAUGACGACUUAGUUGAGAGACUUUCAUGGGAUGCUGCUAGUCAAGGAUCAUCGAGUCAUGAAGACGACAAGCAGGUAACGCGUCUCCCUCUUGAGGUCAAUACAGCUUUAGCAGACCGCCAUGUGCAGUGGAAUCUCAUUUCGCCGUGCUUUGAGACAUUGUCACCUCGACCUUCCAACAUGUCGAUGAUACUCUCUCCAUGCAGACAGGAAUCAAUGUCGUCGUCUCCUGUACGUCAGCUAGGAUGCUUUGAACCAGAGCCUGAGCACGAGGUUACACGUAAGCACGUGAAAGCUAGCACGCAACAACAGAUGAUGGUGGAAGAAGGAGAAAACGAGAUAGAAGAAGAAGAAGAGAUGACUCUCCAUAAUGUGGAGAUCUGCUGGUCUCCCGACGCUAAUAGUGUCUUGUCAUCUCCGGUCGCUAACGUAUCAGCAAAUCCAUUUGCGACACAUCUACCGGCAGAGGUUGCAGAGACAAACAACUCGCACGAUACCACCAGUGACUGUGCAAGUGGUAAGGACAAUCAACAGAGUCCUGUUGUCUCAGUACGUCGUUCCAGCUUGCUGCCUCGAGUGCCAUCCAUUGCGCAUUGGAGACGACAAAGAGCGUGGACUGGGGUAGGAUUGGCAGGGACACCAAGAGCGCUGUCUCCUGCUACGUUACGUGCACGAGUGUCUCGUUCACGGAACCAAAGCGUCGAGGACAAAGAUGAUGGCAACUUUUCUAGUGAUGACGAAGGAUAUGCACCAGAGAUGCAUCGCUGCCGCGCGUCUGAGACAGAGCGCCUAGAUACGAGUCAGUGGCGACGAGCAAGACAUAUGAGCAUUAGCUUCCCGAGUCAUCGGCUAAGCGCGAACGUGAGAAUGAGUCCGGCAAAGUUGACAAAAUCUCUGCAGGAAGCAAAAGAUAAACUUAAUAGCGGGCUGCAUUUGCUACGAUCAGGUUCGAGUAUCUCUACUGUCAUGAGUGAUGAGAGCUAUCCGGAGAGUCCAGUGUCCCAAGAGAUCAAGAGCGCUCCGGCUAAAAUUCAACGUCAGACUAGCAUCUUCUCCAGCAACUUGACAUCAAACACAAAUUUCAUCAGUGCUACAAGCGCGUGUACCAUCGAUGAUGAUACGCAGCAUUCGACGCGUCCGCAUCAAUUGCGUGCAGGUGUGUUCAGGGCUGCAGGGCGCUUUAAUGCUGCUUCAGCUGAAGCCGCUCGCAAGCUCAAGUCACGUGGCUUUCGUGCUAUACACCUGCCUAGACAAAAGGCAGCGAGUGAGACAGAAGAAGAGGAUUUCGAGUUGUUAUCAACGUAUCCUUCGACAUCUAAUCAGCCGGAACACAACAAACCACAAGCGGCAGAUAUUAUGUAUGAAUAA